AUGCAGGUUCGGAGUCUCUUCCUCCUCCUGGUGCUGAUCCUGGUGGCUGCCACCGCUGAGGCUGGCAAGAACAAGAAAGAAAAGACAAAGAAGGAUGGCUCUAAGUGCGAGGACUGGAGCUGGGGACCCUGUGUUCCGAACAGUAAGGACUGUGGCCUGGGCUACCGCGAGGGAACUUGCAAAGGUGAGAGUAAGAAGCUCAAGUGCAAGAUCCCCUGCAACUGGAAGAAGAAAUUUGGAGCUGACUGCAAGUACAAAUUUGAGAACUGGGGAGGCUGCAGUGCUCAGACAGGCUUGAAGACUCGCUCUGGAAUCCUGAAGAAAGCCCUGUAUAAUGCCCAGUGUGAGGAGACUGUCUAUGUGACCAAGCCCUGCUCCUCCAAGAUCAAGUCAAAGUCCAAAGCAAAGAAGGGCAAGGGGAAGGACUAGAGCAGGAAACCAGCAUCCUCAUCGGCCCCUCAACACAGUGCCUACAGGACUGGAUGUCCAGCUGUAGCUGGCGCACACUACAGUCUUCCUCCUCCUCUCCUUACUCCUUCCCAUGACCUCCUCUUUCACUGAGAUGCCUUGUUUUAAUCAUUAGUGUUGUAGAGAGCAAACCCACCCACCCUGCAGGAUAGGCUGCCUCCUUCCUUGCUGCCCCAUGGGCACUACCUGUGCAUCCUGCUCACCUCCUCUGGGCUGGUGUUGGGGUUCACUGGGAUGUGCUCAGAGAGCUGGGAUGGAACACACAUUUUUCCACCCUCCAGCACAAAUGAGUUGCCUUUAGCACAUACUUUUGCAAGCCCAGGAGCCUCCUUGCUCCUCCACCAGGUACCAGUGCCGGAGGGAAGGGCUGGGUGUUGAAUGCCUGAGUAACCCCAUCACUGAAUCUUCUCACUCAAGGACUGCUCUCACCUCAGGGGGUUUAUUCCAGCAUCCCUUUGGCUGGGGCAUGACUUACCUGCAGCAGUUGAGGAAAACACAACCAUCACCCUGAGAAGCAACUGUGUCUCCUCUCUGUCACUUGAAACCACGUGUCCAUGCUGGGGCUGCAGCCCCUCUGCCUUUGCCAUGCCAACACCAGUGCUGGGUGGGAGCUCUCCUUUUGGAAUUUGUCUUUUUCUUUUCCAAUAAAAAUCUUUUUUAAAAAAGUA